AUGGUCCAACUCGCCCACAUUUUCAAAAAGGAUAAGGACAAGGAGAAACAAACCCCCGAAAGUACCCAAGUCGACAGAAAAGAGAAAGAGAAAAAGGAGUCCGACAGUCCCGCUUCUUCACCCCGAACGUCCUACUCCACCGCGCGCAAGUCGCCCUCCAAACCUUCUAAACCUUCUAAACCUUCUCCCUCCAAAUCCCCCACCAAGAACCGCUUCUCCCACAGUCGGUCUUCUUCCUCCACUUCCAUCCCGACUGCCUCCUUCCGGUUCGGCAAGUCUUCAAAAGAGAAAGAAUCCCACCCACUCAAUCUCCCGCCCGACGAGCUGCGCCGUCGACUGUCGGCCAUGGCGGCAUCCCGAGACGACCAACGGAGCUCCAUGGACAUCGAUCCUCAGGAGGCUCAGCAGAAGAACGGUGUUAACGGCACCGAGGAACGGAGUCCUACCCCGCCUCCCCACCGGUCCAACUCUUCUUCGACUGAUGAGGCCGACAACUUCAAGUUGGCCGGUAACAAAUUCUUCAAGGAUGGCGACUACCGUCGCGCCAUCGAGGAGUACAACAAAGCGAUUGAGAUUAACCCCAACUGUUCGGCUUACCUGUCCAACCGCGCGGCGGCCAACAUCUCUGCCAAGCAAUUCCUUAAUGCGCUCGAGGACAUCGAGCGUGCCCACGUCCUCGACCCCACAAACCCCAAGAUCUUCCACCGUUGGGCUAAGAUCCUGACGAGUUUGGGCCGACCGAAGGAGGCGCUCGAUGUGCUGUCACGUGUGGAUCCCCCCGCGACAGCGACCGACCGGGCUGCAGCGGAGAAGAUGCAGCGCUUCAUCACACAGGCUGAGCAGACCAUUGCCGAAGACCGAGGUGGCUCUAUGGCCGUUUUCUGCCUGGACCAGGCCCGGCAAGGGCUGGGCGGUGGUGUGAAGGAGCCGCGCAAGUGGACCCUGCUGGCCGCCGAGGCGCAGCUGAAGAUGAACAACAGCAACUCGUUGGGCAAGGCACAGGACAUUGCGAUUGGUCUGCUCCGUGAGAACAGCCAGGACCCGGAUGCGAUGAUGAUCCGUGCACGGGCGUACUAUGCCUCUGGUGAGACGGAGCAGGCGCUCAAGCUCCUGAAGAUGUGUCUCGGGCUGGACCCGGAUAUGAAGGCGGCCAUCAAGCUGCUGCGCAUGGUUCAGAAGCUCAACCGUACCAAGGAAGAGGGUAACAAUGCCUUCAAGGCCAAGGACUACAAGCGCGCCAUUGAACUGUACAGCCAGGCUCUGGAGAUCGACCCCACCAACAAGGACAUGAAUGCCAAGAUCUUGGGUAACCGUGCCCAAGCCCACUCUAACCUGAAGCAGUGGGAUGAGGCUAUUGCGGACUGCACUGAAGCCCUGCGUUUGGAUCCCGGAUAUGUCAAGGCCUACAAAACCCGUGCUAAGGCGCAUGCGGGCGCUGACAACUGGGAGGAGGCUAUUCGUGAUUACAAGAGCGUUGCAGAGAACAAUCCAUCUGAGCCGCGCAUUGCGGAGGAUAUUCGCAAGGCUGAGUUCGAGCUGAAGAAGUCCCAGCGCAAGGACUACUACAAGAUCCUGGGGGUUGGCAAGGACGCUAGCGAUCAGGAGAUCAAGAAGGCCUACCGCAAGAUGGCUAUCCAGUACCACCCGGAUAAGAACCGUGAUGGUGAGGCUGGCGACGAGAAGUUCAAGGAAGUUGGCGAGGCCUACGAGACUCUGAUCGAUCCUCAGAAGCGUGCCGCUUUCGACAACGGAGACGACCUGAUGGACCCGUCUGACAUGUUCGGCGGUGGUGGUGGCUUCGGCGGCAUGGGCGGUAUGGGAGGCAUGGGAGGCAUGGGAGGGAUGGGCGGUAUGGGCGGUUCACACAUCAACAUCGACCCGAACGUCCUGUUCAACAUGAUGAACGGUGGCGGCGGCGGCGGCGGCUUCGCCUCAGCCGGCGGUCACCCCUUCGGCGGCCAGUCUCGCGGCGGCGCCCAGGGAUUCCCCGGCGGUUUCCCCUUCUAG